UGUGUCGUUAUUGAGAGAGGUCGUUGUAUCACGAAUUGUAAUCGUACCUAGAACUUCACGUAAACCAUUAUUCCAGUGUUUGUUAUUCUGUGUCGAUUUCUGUGAUUUGUUGUCAAAUAUCAGAAUGACAAUGAAAUGUGACGAAGUGUGUGACGAAAUGAAAAAGUGUCCAACAAAUGUGUCUUUGGAAAGAUAAAAUCGUCAAUUAAUUAGGAUGUGUAACGAUGUUGGAAUGUGUGCGCCGCGCAAACACAGUGGUACAUGCGACGAGAUAUCAGACUCUGUUGACGGGAUACUUGCUUUUGUUGACGACUGUACUUCUCUGUGUAAGGAGUACGUCGUCAGGUGGAGUGUCGCUAGGUGCUCACCUCGUGUGCGCUCGCGUAGCCGGCUUGACGGACAAACAGCGAGCCAUGUGCCGCUCAUCACCUGCCGCCAUUGCUGCUGUAGGAGACGGCCUCAGGAUGGCGUACGCAGAAUGCCGCUCUCAGUUACAAGGAUACCGGUGGAACUGUUCAGGAAUCGGUGAUGGAAAUGGCUUCGGCCACGUCAUGCCCCUGGCGACAAGGGAGGCUGCAUUCACCUAUGCUAUAACCUCAGCUGGAGUGACACACGCGUUGAGUACAGCCUGCGCGAGAGGUGACCUACCUUCCUGUGGUUGCACAUCAAACAGACGUCGUGCACCAAGUCCAUCAGAGCAGUUCCAAUGGGGUGGUUGUGGUGAAGCAGCUUAUGGUGCCAGGUUUGCCAGGAGGUUCCUGGACUCCAGGGAGAUAGAGGCUGAUGCAAGGAGCUUGAUGAAUCUGCACAACAACCGCGUUGGAAGGAAGGUCAGUGAGAUCGUGAAAGACCUCGUUCGCCGCGAGUGCAAAUGUCAUGGUGUAUCGGGGUCCUGUGCUUUGCGGACAUGUUGGCGCGCUCUGCCCCCUUUCCAUGCAGUUGGAGCCGCUUUACGGGAAAAAUAUAUGCGAGCGAAGCUGGUAACACCGCACCCUCCGCCAGCCACGCGUGCACCACAGACUCAUUUAGUUGUCAGAAGACAGAGACAUAGCGCAGGUAUAGGCAGACAGCCGCGGAAAUCGGAAUUAGUGUUUCUAGAAGCGUCUCCUUCGUACUGCGAGCCUGAUGUUCUGUCUGGAGCCCUGGGUACCCAUGGCAGACACUGUAAUAGAACUUCCACAGGUGAAAACGGAUGUGAAACUCUUUGCUGCGGCCGCGGUUACAACACUAUCCAGUCAGUCCAAGAAUCAAAGUGUCGUUGCAAAUUUCACUGGUGUUGCCGCGUCUCUUGUGAAAAGUGUGUGACUCAAACGGAAAUACACGUGUGCAAGUGAUAUAUUACUAGUGCAAGACUUUUGAGCUAUAUUUUUAAUACUAGCAAUAUUAUUUCCAAUUAAAUAUUAAACAAGGCCAUAAAAUAAUUUAAUUCUGUGUUUAUUGUAAUAUAAAACUGGUUAAGAAAGUUUCUCUUGCGAACAGGUGGUAACAGAAAUUAUGGUUUUUAAGGCUGCUGUUGAAGAUAAGUUAAAUUAAUUAAAUACUAGAUGCCUCAGCUUAUUUUCCUAGGUCAGUUUUCUGCCUCAAGCCUGCUUUCCAUUAUUUCCAUUGGACAUUAUAUUUUUUAUUGGUCAUUGUGUAAGCCGAUGAGUAUACUAUGAUAUUUAAUUUAUAUAUGUGAUUGAAUUUGUGCUUAGACUGUUUAUUUUACUCUGAUUUCCUUUCCAAUUGUUUCUUUAAACUUUAUUCAGGGAAACGCAAGUUCUGAAAUAUAAAUCGAUGCACAUAAUAUAAAUCCUGGCAACAUUGGAUAAGGCCUGUAAUGGACUAAGUUUAGUGUUAAUUAAACGCAGUAUCAUUAAGAUGUAAAUAAAAUUUGCCACCAGUAUUUUAGUAGGUAGCAUUUCCUUAAGUAUAAUUAUUAUUAUUUGUAAUAAGUGUACUGUAUCGUUAGCAUAGACGUAGAGAAUGAGCUAUCUAGCUACCUGUCACGUUUUUACAUAGUUGUCUCUUUGUAGAUUUUCAAGAGAGGAUGAAUGAUAGUUUUUAUUUUGCACUUUGCAGCGUCUGUGCUCAGAAAUUCUAUACGUCUAUGGUUGCAAGAAACUGCCAUUAAAUUAAAUUGUAAAUAAUUAUCAAGUUAACUUAGAUUAAGGAUUGGUCUGCGCUGCGCUCCAACUAGAUACCGUAGGCGUAGUCGUAAAGUGCAGCAACUAAAAGUACGCCCAAGUGAACGUACUCGAGCCAGUCUCGAAUAAUGUGUGACGUUGGCGUGCCACAUGUACUGUUAAACUUUGCUAAUAAUUGAAACUAAAAUGCCGGGCUGCAUAGUAAAAUUUUGUAAAAAUAAUACUACAAGAAAUAAGAAAGACACUGACGUCACAUGUCAUCAGUAUUUUUUAUUUAUUAUUUUCAAUGUAUAAUAAACACAAAGCUUAUGUUACAAAAUUUGAAAGAUGCCAUUGAGUGUCAAGAUGCCACGCACUCAAGCACCUAAUAGUUGCCGUAAUAAAAAAAGCUAUUGUCCUUAGGUAGUGCGGUAUCUAGUUAGAGCACAGCGGAGACCAAUCCUUAAUCUAACCAUGUUAAAUUAUAGUAUUUUUGUCUAUUUGGACAUAAGGAACGAUUUCAAAUUAUUCUAUAAUAACAACUAUAUUAAUUUUUUCAUACGAAUUGCCAAUAUUGUAACGUCCUGUGUAAUUUCAGAAACAACAAACACAAUAAAAAUUUUAUAAUUCAAAUUUGCAACAUCGCAAUUUAAUUUUGAAAUGUUAAUUAUAACUAGCAUAACUUACUUUAAAAUGGAACAGUAUAAUAAAAUGAGACAAAUCAAAAUAUGUCAUUCAUAACUAAUUUCUUAUUUAAAAAAGACUUUUUUCGGGUUAUCUGCUAGCAAAAUAUUAAUGAAAAGUCGAUAAUAACAAUUAAAAAAAAUACCAUUAUAAUUACUUAACAUUUAUAACCUUAUACAAAUGAUUUAAGUUUUCUUAAGUGUUAAUUCCGCCAAUAUUUGUUUUUAAACAAUUCGACACGCGUUUCGCCUCUACACGAGGCAUCCUCAGGACGUGUUGUUGUGACUCAAGUUUGAGUCUCGUGCUUGAUUUUGGCGAGAAAAAGAGAAAGAAAACUUAAAUCAUUUGUAUAAUUAUGGAUUUCCGCAAAGUAACGCUUACAUCAAUAAUUUUUUUUUAUAGCAUUACUCUAAUAAAUGAUAUUAAUUGUGCAGUAUUUAGUGAGUAUUGCUUAGUAUGUAGAUACACAUUCUUUCUUGUUAUUUGUCUAAGUUCUUGCUAAGGUUUCGUCAUGCUCGCAUUGCUUGGGGCGACAUAGUGAAGCAUGUAGUAUUUUAAAUUUGGUCGAGGGAGGCGGUGGCUGGUCCAUACGUGAUGCUCUUGAACGUGCGCUAAUUGUAGUGGCUGGAUGAUCCUCUCAUCGAGUUAUCUGUAUCAUGUUCUUAAAAUUAAAACUAUCUUACAUACCUAUUUUAAUGACAUUAAAUGUCAUAGAAACCAUAACAAAAAAUUAAUAGAUUUUACAACUUAAAAACACGAUUCGAUUUACUCUUAUACAAAAACGAAUGGUCUCCAAUUUAAUUCACUGCAACCACUCUAAUAGUUUCGCCAUAGAAUUAAUAUUGUCUAUUUCUAGUAAGUGUUAGGAUAUUACUAUGAUCGAAACAUCAUAGGUUUUAUGAAUAAAGGUACUUAAUACCGCAGAGUAGAGAUUAAAAUAUUUUUUAAAAUGUUGAAACCCGUAGAGAGGGAGAGAGAGAGAAGAGAACACAGCCAUUACAACUUAAUAUGGGUAUAUUAUACUAGAAAUAAUUCUGCACUGUACCUAUGUGAUUCUAUAAGAUUGGAUUUUAAAUGUACUUAAUUAUUAAUAUAACAUUCCGUAGAUUAAUUAACUUAUUCAUAAUUGUAUUGUUUGCCUAAUAAAACUUAUGUCUAAGCAUUCGAUAAUUAUGUUUUACAUUGCA